AUGAAUUCGUCUGAUUUUCGUAUAUUAAGUCAAAGUGUUCAAAUAUCUCAAAUUAAUUUUGAAAAACAAUCAUUUCGUGUUUCAACAGAAAUUGCUUUUAUUCCUCUCAAAUCAAAUUUAUCUAAUAUAAUUCUCAACAUCGGCAGAGAUUGUAUUUUGCCAAAUGAAGCACGUUUUGAGGGAUUUGGAAAAGUGACAAUUGACGAUUUUGAUGCAAUUUAUACUCGAAAUAUUUUUAAUUUGAAUUUUUCAACUGAUCAAUCAAAUUAUUCUAUUCAAUCAUGCAAAAAAGCUUUUAUUGAAGCAAUAGAUUCGCAUCUAGGCGAUUUAAUAAUUAAAAUUCCUGAUCAGUGCAUUAAUUAUGUUCAAACUCACAAAGUUAUGAAACUCGCUAUGGAUUUGAUUGUUUUCAAACCUCGAAAUGUAAGGUUGGAUUUUAUUUAUAAUUGGGGUAUUGAUUCAAUAACGACUUUUUAUUUGUUUCCGCCAUUUAAGAGGAUUCCGCGUUUCCUCGGUAUCAAAUUUGUUUUUGAUAUUUCUAAUGAAAAUAAUAUUUCUCCUUCACAUUUAUUCACUUUUCGUUCCAAUUUAAUAUCUAGCACGAAAGAAUGGCUUCCUUGUUUUGAAAGUCCUUCUCAACUUUGUGUUUGGAGAUUUGAAUUUACAGUUCCUAAAAAUUUAACAGCAAUUUGUUGUGGUGAUUUAAUUGAUACAACUUCUGUUUUGGAUGACGAUUCUUUAAAAACUUUUCAUUAUCAAUUACUUGUUCCAACAGCUCCGGGAAAUAUUGGAUUUGCUAUUGGAGAUUUUCAAAUGUAUGUUCAACCAGAAAUGCCCGAGAUUAUUAGCUUUGUUCUUCCAUCUUUAAUGCCCUUACUUAGACAUACAAUGACUUCUUUAAAUAGAAUAUUUGUUUUCUUUGAAGAAUUACUUUCAUGUAGAUUUCCUUACAGCACUUAUUGGCAGGUUUUUGUUGAUCAGACCCCAGAUGAAUUAACAACAUAUUCUGGUCUUUCAAUAUUUUCCUUAAAUAUUUUAUACCACAAAAAGAUUUUGGAUACAGUUCAACACAUGAGACAAAUUUUGGCAAAAGCAGUGGCUCAACAAUUUUUUGGAUGUUUUGUUACUUCAAAAGAUUUUUCUGAAAUUUGGUUAAUUGGGUCAAUUUCAAGUUUCAUGACUGGGAUUUUUGUUGAACGAUUUUUUGGGACUUGUGAAUUUCUUUUUCAAGUACAAAAAUUUUUAAAAGAUUCUUGUGACUACGAAUCGCGUUUUGGUCCAAUAACACUUCGUUCAAAAUUAGAAGAAUUUGACGAAUCUUCAUCUGAUCGUUCAUUGCCAGAACUUUGUUCACUUCUUUAUUUGGAAACGCUUUUUAAAAGAGGACAUUUAAUAUUAAGAAUGUUGGAUAAAAGAUUACCUAAAGAACAAUUUAUUAAAGUUUUUCAACGAAUUUUAAGUAUUGGAAUGCAAAAUACUCAAAAUCUAAACAAACCAGCUGAAUGGUCACAACUUUUAAUUUCUACAAGAUCAUUUAUGGGAAUUGUGACUGAUGUUACUGGGCAAGAAUUUCCUUCGUUUAUUGAGCAAUGGAUUGAUGUUGGAGGACAUGUUGAAUUUCACGUUUCUCAUGCUUUUAAUAGGAAAAGAAAUGUUAUUGAAUUAGAACUUAGACAAGCUGUUCCUACUCCUAUUGGAUGUCAAAGAUAUGCCGGCCCUUUAACUAUUGUCGUCCAAGAAAUUGAUGGGCAUUUUAUUCAUACAGUUCAAGUAGAUGCUGCAGUCUCAAAACAUGAUAUUCAAUGCCAUUCUAAAGGAAGAAAAUUAAAAAAGAAAAAAGUUAUUUUGGGUACUGGAGAGGAAGUUGAAAUGGAUUUAUCUCAAAUGGAUGCUGAUUCUCCUGUUUUAUGGAUUCGAAUUGAUCAAGAAAUGCUUCUUUUACGUCAAAUCUUUAUGACUCAGCCAUUUUAUCAGUGGGAAUUUAUUUUACUUUAUGAGCGAGAUGUUUUGGCACAACAACAAGCAAUUGAGGCUCUCCACCAAUUUCCUAGACAUCAAACACUUACAAUACUUGAAGAUACAGUACGGAAUGAAAAACUUUACUAUAGGCAAUUUAAUUUUUUAAUUCGAAAAGAAGCAGCAUUUUGUCUUGUACAUAUUUACAAUAGUCUUCCAGACAGUCAAUUAGGUAAAUCUCCUCCACUUAUUGAUUAUAUCAGACAAAGUUUUUGUUGCAAAACUUGCCCAGAUAUUAUUCAAGCAAAUAAUUAUGUUGCUACUUCAUCAAAUUUACAAAAUUAUUUUCUUUUCCAAUCUUUGCCAUCAGCUCUUGGUUCAAUUCGUGGAGAAGGGAGAAAAUAUUGUCCAAAUUAUAUUGUUGAAUUUUUAUUGGGUUUAAUUAGACUUAAUGAUAAUUCGAUGAAUCGUUACUCUGAUGAUUAUCAAAGAGGUUCUUUAAUUCAUGCUCUUGGAAAAACCCUUGUAAUGUCAGAAAAUCCAAUAGAAACACCUCAAGAAAUGAGUUUACAUGCAAGUAGUGUUUUGGAAGAAAUUACUCAUGCUUUAAAUAUGGAUAUGAUGAAACCAAGUUUUCAAAGAAUUGUUAGUACACAUUGUUUACAAGUACUUUAUGAGCUCCAACGUUGUCAUCACAUUCCUCAGGAUACAGAAGUUUUUUGGAAGUUUGGAUUAUCUAAAAACGUUUAUGCUCCGCUUCGUUUUACUGCACUAGCUUGUAUUGUUGCAAUGAUUAGAAGAAGUAGAUCUCAGUCAUUUGUUGGUACAAUUCUUAGAUUAAUUGAUGUUGUAAUUACUGAUCCAAAUCCUUAUAUUCGUUAUUCACUUGCACAUAGACUUUGUAUUCAGCCACCUUUUGAACAUACUGACAAUGCAGCAAUGUACCCUUUAAACACAAAACGAUUAUGCCAUGCAAUUUGGACAAUUAUUUCAAAUCCUGCUACCGAAGCACGGGUGCGUAUCUAUUUGAGUGAUCUUUAUUUUAUACUUUACGGUGCUGAUUGUCCGUCUAAUUUUUCAUCCUAUUAA